AGGUGUUGAAGUGAAAAUGUCUCUGGAAACGGAUGUACUAACGAACGAUGUUGGUUGUGAAAGCUCAGUUGCGAAGAUAAUCGGGAAUAAGCGUAGGCGUAUUGAGGACAUUAUGGAGGGUUGCGAUGGAGAAAAUGGAGACCAAACCGGUCACUUCGAAACUAUCCUAGGCACUGGACAUGGUCAUUUUAAUCAGGAGAUACUGAAAUGCUAUUCCUGCAACAGAUGCGUAUUCAGAACUUCUUCGAAGUCAAAUUUCGAGUCCCAUUUGCAUGAGCACUUCGCUGCCUUGCCUUUUGGAUGCGAAGCUUGCAAAUAUCGGUCAAAUGAUUGUAUCUGGAUGCAGAGGCACAUUUUGAACCUUAGUGAGAGCGAUCCAGCGCAUAGAGGAGCGAAAGUGCAGAGGUACAAUGGGGUACAAGAUCUCCCCGACGUCCAAAGAUAUUUGCAUUUGUAUUCGUCAUCGAUACCAUUGGACGAAAUGACGUCAACGAGCCAAAUUCCUUCGCGAAUUGGUCUGAAUGCCUCGUCAAACUCCAUAGCCUUGUCAUUGUUGGGGAAACCGUCCAACGGACUUCGAUGUCUGGUUCCUGGUCCAGGAAGCUCGAAAUCUAUGCGUGAAGAUGAGCUGGAAAAGCAGGGCACUAGAACUAAUGAAAUUGAGCCCUUCAACUUGGGUGUCCUCAGAGAACUGUUCCCGCAGAAAUCCACAGACGCGAAAAAGAUCAGUGUGAACGGGAAUAAGUACUUAUCGGAGGAUACCAUUGAAGAAUCACCCCUACUUGGAAAUUUGGUUAUGGGAGAGCUCUUCGAGGACAGUGUUACCCAAAAUCACCAUAGCGACAUUCAAAAGCAGAGCUGCAACACUGAGGAAGAUCUAUUGCAGGAUCUGUGUGAUUCAAGUCCAUUGGUACACAAUGGAGUUGAUCACAAGGAAUCUCGUGAACAGGACUUCGCUUCUCGAGAAAUCUCGAUUAUUGAAGUUUCUGACGAUGACCUGCAAGCGGAGGAAUGCCAAGAUGACGAAACUUCGACGAAACUGGCGAAUUCAACUGCCUUUGUUGAGGGGCUGACGAAUAAAUUCGAGAAUCCAGCGAAAUCUCUUUUGGUGCCAGAGAAAAUAUCAUAUACGAAGCCGACAAAAAGACAGAGUCGAAGGAGGAAUCUUAGGAUGUUCAACUGCGAAGAUUGCUUGUUCUCCACGGACUCUGCUCAUCGAUGGAAACCACAUGUGGAGUAUCACAAGUCUAGUUCGAGUGGCAAACACAAAUGUGACCUUUGCAGCUUUCGUGUUCGCCGUAAACGACUGAUUCAGCAGCACUUGAAAAGACAUCAUGGGUAUCGUGGUCGCAGAAUAAGUGAGGAAACCGGUGCUGAGACAGGAACCAACGGUGUCCAUGAUUUUUUGCGGAACUCUGCCGAAGGUUCCUCCGAUCGGGAUUCUGCGCAAAAUCGGCAUUGUCCUGCCAUUCGCGAAGGUCUUGACGAAAAUCACGAAUUCGCCGCGAACAUCAGCAAUUUGGCAGAAUCUGGAGUUGAAAAAGCGUUCGUGGAAGGAGCAAAUGCGAUGAAAGCCGGCACGACGAUUCCCUUUUUGGGUUCUAGGGUUUCUCUUGCCGGACACGUUUCUUUGCCUCGUAUGUCAGAUAUUUUGGAUACCGAUGAUCCAGAUGACGCUUCAGAAAGGCUCGAAGAUGGUUCGCUGGAAAUAUUGGAUGUCGCUUCCAAAGAAUCGGUAUUCGAACUAAAGGAAGUUCUUGACGUUGAGCAGGACAGAGAGAAGCAUAAACGGCAGAGCUUGCAAUGUCCGCAUUGCGACUUUUCAACUUCCUUCCUUCGUAUGUUUACCCGCCAUAUAGUCUUUCACAAUGAAGAUCAUCCCGGUGCUUACAAGUGUACUUUAUGCAAUUUCCGAAUCAACCGAAGGGAUUCAUUUGAACGCCACACACAGUUACAUCAUUUGACGAACCAGCAUGGGCAAUUGGCAAGUUCCUGCGAACUUAUUUUGGAUAUCAACCCGGAUUGCGACAUUGAGCAAGAUAAAUUGGAAGUUGGGGAAUCCAACAAAGCGAUAUAUUCUGAUCAGACAAAAGAGACCUCAACCGUUAAGAAGUUGAUUAAGAGUGAAGUGAGUUUCUGUCAACAUUGUCCCGAUGUCUUCCGGAGUACGGCAUCAUUGAAAUCUCACCUAAAAUGCCAUGAUGAACUACGGGAAAAGUUUGCAUGCGAAAAGUGCACUUUCUCUUGUUCCGAAUCCGAGGAAUUGAUUCAGCACGUGAAGGUGCACUCGGAGGAGCAAGCGAAGCUGAUUGUUCACUUCAUGAAAGAAUAUUCUGGAAAGACGGCCUAUCCUCCAACACGAUAUCACCGUGAACUUGCUGCACUCCUCAGCUUGAAACCUCCAGGAACCACUGAAAAUCGAGAAGAUAAAUUGUGCCCGUUGAAAAGUGUGAAAGGAGUGAGUCCUAGAAGUGAUUUCUUUGUAUCCAGUGGGGAAAUUCCUUUGUGGGAAAAAAGUGCCCCAGUGAAACCCAGAGAAUCCCCUGGUACUGAGAAGUGUUCUACGAAUGUUAAAGGCAGUGUUGCUGAAAGUGCGGUUGAGACGUUCAGUUGCAGCAAGUGUCCGUCAGUGUUCACGAACAAACUGAAACUAGAUUUGCAUUCUCAGAGGCACGGUUCGAAUGGUCGUUAUCCCUGCAAACUUUGCGACUAUUCCAGCCCGAAUCCGCGUUUUUUGGACAAACACGUGGUUUGUCAUGGCGGAGCUAAAAGAACAGCAGUUGCCGGUCCUGAAAAGAAGCAAGGAUGUUCAACGAGUCGAAGAAAAAAGAUUAGCGAUUUGCUCAAUCGGGCCAAUGGAACCAUGAAUGAAAAGUAUUUUGCGCAGUUGGCGUGUUUAACAGUGUGCAGGAUGAAUGAGCAUGGGCCGGCUUCCUUGCUGAAUUCGCAAACUCCGAAGGGGCUUCUCGGGAUCAAGACGAUGUACCAUUGUGCCAGAUGUCCGUAUGCGACUGUGGAUAAAUUCUCUUUGGCAAAGCACACCGCGCGACAUUCGGCAAAUGAGGCGAAACCUGGUGCAGACUACGUGUGCAAACAUUGCGAUUAUAGAGGAAAGCCAAACGUGUUGCAGAAUCAUCAGAAGUUGCACGUGAUUAGCCCUCCGGAAUUGUCGCUCCGAUGUGACUUGUCCAAAUUGAUGAGAGUGGUCAAAGUGAAAUUUUCAAAAACCUCGGAACGCAGUGAUUUGUGCUCUGAAGAGGUGUAAUAUUGGAUGAUCCUCGCAUUUCCCCGCGUUUGAGUGUGAUAUACCAUUUUGUUGAAGUUACCGGGCGAUGUUUUCUUCAAGUGUGUGUGUGUGUGUAUUGCGUCUAAUUCCCCGUUGAAAAGUGUUUUUCCGAAUCUAUUCGUUGUUGCGUGGAGAAAUUUGGAUUUUGAUUGAAUAAUGAUUGAUAGGAAGUUCGACGUUUUGUAAAUUUUGUUGUAGUAGGAGGCAUUGCUUGUGCUCGCAUCUUCUGAAUUUUUCGUUGAAUAAGUUUUUGGUAUUGUAAAACUAGCGUUGGGUUUUCUGCGAUGUUCGAAAAAAAAUCUUGGCUGAAAAAUAUCUUUUUCAAA